AUAUGUCCCACCACCUCCAUCUCACACCCUUGGUAAACUUCCUGUUCUGUUAAGAGUUCUUCUUGAAGUUGAUCUGUUGUGCAUCUUUUCACUUUACAGAUAAAAUGAAUUGAAACUGUGGAUUAGCAAAAGGUACAGUUUAAGUAUCAGAGAGAAGUAUUCGGUGACUGUUAAUCUAAACAUGAAGGGGAUUACAACUGUCCUUUUCACUGGAACUAUGCUGCUCUUUCUUGGUGCAGCUGAAGCAAUUAGUCCAAUUAGUCCCGUUAUUAGUGGCACAAAACUGCAACUCACUUGUGCAGAUGCAUCUAAUCCAACUGGCAUAUGGGAUCAUAAAGGGGCCGAGAAAGAACUUCUGAACAUUCCUAACCUGAGUGAAACUAGAGCAAACAUUUACAAGUGUACAGUUGGAACUUCAAAGUAUAAUUUCUAUGUAAAAGCAAAGGUGUGUCCAAACUGUGUGGAUAUGAAUGCUAUGACUGUAGCAGGCAUAAUUGUGGCUGACCUCCUGAUUACACUCGGGGUGGGCAUGACAGUGUACUACUGCACCAAGAACAGGCAAGCAAAAGGAAACGCCUGGUCAAAAGCGUACAAUGGUGGUAUGGAUCAGCAUCGCCCUCCACCUGUUCCCAAUCCAGAUUAUGCGGCACUCAGCAAGCCUAAACGAGAAGUUUAUAGUUCCCUCAACCCCCAAAAGAAGUUUGCUCCAGCCUGAUCAUUCCAUUCCAGUGAAGCCCUGAAGAAGAGAAUAUGAUGAACAUUUUCUUGUACUUUACAGAUUCUUGCAAAACUGCCUGUUUCCGAACUGUAAUCAUUGCAAUGUGCUGAUCAGAGAUACUUAGUAACAAUGUAACAGAUGCCAGUUUGAAAACUGCUGUGAUAUCUAAAGAAAGUGCAUGGUGAAAUCUCUUUGUAAACUAAGAUGAUAUAAUGUAAGAUAGCAUAUAAUAAAUUUUCAGACAUACAAAAGCAAGUAUCUGUAUAAACAUGAUGCAUGUCAAUUUAAAAAAAAUUCUUUGUAAAAAAAUAUAUAUUUCUACAUAGCACGUCUCACCGCAGACCUUUUAAUAUACUCUGCACUGCUUACUGUUUACUCAUGGAUAAGAUAUACCUCUGUUUUUUCUAUAGUCCAUCACAAUUUUCCUUACCCUGAUAUCACAGUUAUGAUGUGUAUACUUGACACAUAUUUUAGAAAGGGAUUUCUGGAGUGGAUCUGGCCAAUGAGACAACCUUUCAACAUGUAUUCCACUCAGAAAUAAAAGCUCCCAAAAUCACUAUCUACAGGAAGAAAGUCUCCUGACUCCACUCUGUAAUCCUUUCUCUAGGGUAAUGGUUUGAAAUUGUAAGACGCACAACUGCAGGCCUCAGAAAUAUGAGGCUAAUUGUGCAAAAAAAGAACGUAUGGAUGCUAAGUCUUAGAUUAUUCUCAGAAAGAGGUACCUUGGUGCUCCCCUUACUCCAAUGCACAAAAAUCUGAAGAGUCAGUAGAUAUACAAAGCAGGGGAGAUGCAACACUCUGCAUUGGGCAAUGUAGGGGACUUGUCUUCCUCUAAAAACAUUUUAAAAGGAGUACAGUUAAUUUUGACAUUAACUCUUAUACUUGAGAUUCACUGCUUACUUUUCAUAAUUGUGGGACUUGCAGUUACUGAUCUCACAAUUACUCUAGGGAGCCUUAUCCUAGGGUACAUGAUACUUCUCACAGCCUGAACAUUUAGGUUUGACUCAUAAUCAGCAAAAUUGCCUUCCAAGUCAAUGGAAAGAUAAACAAACAUGAUAAACAGAAAGGCUUAUUACAUCAUAAUUCCCAUCCAGAACUUUGAGCUUGGCAACCGAAUAUAAUUUUCAAAGUCCCCAAGUGAACUUGCACUAAUAGGAGGGGAAACAUGUGGUCAAAACCAAGUGUUUAUUCUAAAAGUCCUUCUCUAUGAUCUUUGGAUUUUGUCUGUGGUUAAUACACAUGUCAGAGCCAUCUCAGUCUGAGAUAACUUCUGAGUGCGUCCAAUGAGUGUGGGGAUUCAUGAGCAUUACAGAAGGCAUCCCGGAGAAAAGUGAAAAACAGGUGUCAGGUAAUUCAAGACAAGAUAGGCUCUGUGAAGUAAGCCCUUACUGGGAUUCAGAUGACCAGUUUAGUAACCUGUAUGUCAGCAAAGGUGGGAGAGAGUGGAUGCCAGCAAAUCACCUGUCAUGGGGAAAAGGAAGCAGUUUAUUUCAUCUGAUUCUAUUAGGAGGUGAUCUGUGAGCCAGAGAUGAUAUGGUCAGCUAAUUUCUUGCAUAACAUCCAUUUAGUUGCUGCUCUCCCUUUCUGAACCAGAACAAAGUAACAAAUAACUGAUAUGUUCUGCAAAUUGACAUUACCCUGAUUAGGUGCAGCCAGCUAUUUAUGAACAUGUUAAGGUGCAAAGCAGCUGUUCUCCACCCCUCCCCAUAUACACAUUAUGGCUUUUCACUGCCUUUCUGGAAUAAAGGCCAGAAACUGAUCACCUGGUUCAGGGAGUUCUGACAUUCCCUUUUAUUAACAACCAAGUUUCAUCUUCAGGUGAUCUAGCUUCCUGUAAAAGGCUUAAUAAGGCUCCUUGUUCAUCAAGUUGCAAAGUACUGGAAAUAUUCUAUGCAAAAUUAUUGCCACUGGAAACUAGGUCUUUCAGAAUGCAGGCUUCAGCUCUGUCAAGGAUUUGGAAUUGAAGAGUAGAGAUGUCAUUUAUACAACCAUAAAAAUAAAAUCCUAUAGCAAGAAAUGGUUCAUUAUAGGAAGGCAGAUGUGGAAGAGUCCCUGCAAAAAUAAUUUUAUCUCCCUGUGUAUUACAUUACACGCUCACCCUUCAACAAGAGAAAGGCUGAAAAGGUGGAAGAAGGAAUUGGUAAUGAAUAUCAGGGUAUUAACAGGCAUAAAAUGUCAAGUUUUCUUAGGCUCAUAGGAGAUCAUAGGAGAUUACUAGGCUAUCGACCCAGAGGUCAUUUUAAGUCUAGCCAUUUCAACCCAAUGUAAUACCGUAGAAGUACUAGUCAAUACCCACUAUUGCAUUUAGUAGUGAUUGCCCAUGUCCAGGAGGGUUGUAAGCACUAGCCUGGUAAGAAGUUACAGUGCCCCAUCCACUCAUCCAGGUUCCUUUUGAACAGUGUCAAUGAGGUCCUCUGUUUCACGUGAAUUGGUAGUCUGUUCCAAAGAUGUGGCAGUCUCUGGGAGAUAAAUCUGUCCUUCCAGCAUGCCCUAUUUAACUCGUAGACCAUAUUUAAGUCUCUGGAAUGGGUAGCCCUAGACCCAUUUCAUUUAUGGAUAUGCAGUAAGUUCAUUAGGUUUGGAACUUCGGUUGCUCUGUAGGACAGGCAUAAAUCUCCCCUAAAAAGUCUAUACAAUACGGAGUAUAGUGACUGGGACUUUAAUCGGUCUGUGGAGGCCCUUGAUCUUCUUUGUUAGAAACCUCUAAGGUCUCUCUAAUUGCUGCAGGUGCUUAGUACAGUACAUACUGAAUGGCACAGUAUACUCAAUUAUGAGCCAGAUAAGUGCAAAGUAUAGGGGGUUAUAACUUGUUUUGCUUUCGAGUUGAUGCCUUUACUAAUAAAGUGAGCUAUGUGGAGAGCUUUCCUUACAACAGUAGACAUGUGGUGGUCGAAGUUAAGGUCGUGGUCAACCUAUGAUCCCAGGUCCCUUACCACUUCAUGAGUACUUAGGGUAUUGUUGUAGAUUUGAUAGUGGGAACGGACAUUGUUUGUGCUGAAGGGAAUGAUGAUGCAUUUCUUUGCAUUCAGUUUGAGGCUGUGACUAGUACACCAGCCUUUGGUCUGUGUGAGACCCUUCUGGAGUAUACUGACAUCAUUUUUUGUGGAUUCAUGUCAAAACAAAGAGUCACAAAAACAAAAUCACAAACACUGAGGUAAAAAACACAAAAGCCACAGAAUAGAAAAUGAACAAAAAUGAAACCAGCAACCAUACAAAAAUAAAAUCAACUAAAAGAAAAACUAGUCCAUAACUCCUUUGUAUUGUGGACAAUCUCAACAAAACCUGGGUUCCCCUAAGGUGAAAGUAUUAAAGACAAACUCUUAAUAUCCCGAGCAAUCUGAGACUGAGAGAGUUGUGGCUCCUCAGUAUUUCUGAACGUGAAGGCUCUAAAUGGUCAUCAUAAUGACUAUUUGUGACAGCUUGCCCCCACACUCUUCCUAAAUAUACAAACUUCAUACAUGCACAGGUGUGGUCAAAGGGUAAGCACCCUGAACAAGUGAGAGAAGUGUCGCAAUGCGGUAAUCGUAUAAAAGAUGCACUGAAACACCAUCAUCCAUCAGUUCAUUGACACACUCUCAUACCGGGAUAAAUCUUCUAACACACGACUCUGCUCUACAUCCUCUGGUAAUACAUCUUUAAUUCCAUCUCAUUAUUAUUAACACAAAAUCAAAUAACAGUCCUGACAACAAUGAGUUUCACUUAAACAGCAAUUUGUUAAUUUGUCAUCAAUAUUACAGGCCACAAUGUUAAAGACUCAGCAGAAUAAAAUGUCCUCAUAUUUUUAGCGUUCUGUUUAACCUUAGAGUAACAUGAAUAUUAUGAACAUGUCUUCAAAGCUUUCUUCUCUGGAGAGCAUGGCUUUUGUUGAGAUUGUCCACCUGAUAAGGAGAGUUACUGGAUUAGCUUUUGUGAUCAUGUCCAUCUCAUAAAAUGUUUGAAUAAAUAUCUGAGUCAAAAGUUUACAGAAACCUGAGCUAGCCUCCUUUAAAGAUAUUGUAUGUAAUAUGGCAUAUUCUAGGUCGGGAGUCUUUCAAUACUGAUCUCUCAGUGUAUUUACUUUAAAUCAAAUGUACUUAUAAAUUUAGUGUAGCUAAAAAACAUAUCUUUCAAGAUGUAUUCUCUCUGCUGGCAAAAAUAUCUCAAAUAAAGCAUCUGCAGGAGCAGAAUCACUUUCUUAAUGAGCAGCAUACAUCUUGAGAGAUGUUCCUGUUAGAUCCACUCUGAAAGACCCACUGAUUUAAAAUAAAACAUCCAGUGAAAGGCUUUAUUUUUCACAAGUUACCUACAGUUUUGUCAGCAUGCUGAAAUGACUGGCUCUUUACAUAAUAUAAAUUGAUGCUUCAUGCUAGUAACUUUAUGGUAGGUGCAACAUUUCUAAAACUAGCCCUGCUAUCAUAUCUUUUAAGAACAGAGCUCGGCCACAGCACUCUGAUGCAUUAUGGAAACUAAGUAAUACUUUAACAAGGUGUUAGAAUAAACUAAACCCCAAAGUCUGCAUCAAGAUACAGAUAAGCCAUUUAGGCUUUUUUUCUGAUUAGGUCAUACUUUUAUAGCUUGUCUUUUAAUUCAAAAAUGGGACAAAUGUCAAAUAAUUCAUCAGAUGUAUUGCUUUUUCUUUGACAAUACAAAACUAAUAUAUUAGUGGGCACAUUUUAUGUUGAGUAUUCAGUCUUUUUAUGUUUAUUUCUUGAUGGUCUAUAUGAAUAAAAAGGCACAGAUGUAUUUACAAGUUA